AUGUUUGAAGAAUAUGAAGAACCUCAACUAGCUAAGGAUCUUCAGUUGAGGCGGAUUGAACUUGCAUUUCGUCAGCUAUGUAGUCAGUUUGCUCAUGAGGAUGUGUGCUGGUACGCGUAUGCAUGUUUUGUGGCUGUGGAAUUGAAGGAUGAUAUACAAGCUCGGGAAAUAGUUGAAAAGGGACUUUGUUGCAUUGGUGAUAAUUCCAUCGCUCUUCGCUCCUUGCAGGCGUUAUUAUCCAAGUCAGAACUUGAGCCAGAUUAUACUUUUAAAGACCUGGUGAAGGAGGGGAUACUUUUACAGAGAUUGUGUGCAAAUAGUGCAAAUGAAUCAUUGAAAAAUAGAAAACGGUUUCGAGAUGUUGGUAAAACAGCAGCUGCAAAUCGUAUUAGUGACUGGAGAUUUUAUCAUCAGUGGGCUUCCGCCGAACAAUGCGUUUUGAAAGAUGCGCAAAUGGCUUCAAAGGUGUAUGAGAGAGGGAUGUCCUGCGCUGCAAAAUCUUUGAAAGAUGCUGUAUUGCUGUCAAAUGAGGCUGUUAAGCAUCAUCUAUGGCGACAGGAUGAGCGUGAAGUUCUUGGCUAUUCAGAGCGUCAGAUUGAGUUGCUCUCCUCUACGCAGCAUGAAGGUCUUAUACGGGCUAGUUGGAAUCAACUUGUUCAUGUGGAGUCCAUUUUGGGAUUGCCGUCGCUACCAAAAACGCUAAAAAGACGCGCAGAACAUUGCGGGGGUGUUGCACGUAAAUCAGUUAUUGAGCGCUACCGUGUGGGUAAUUAUAUUCCCUGCUCUGAUGAGGACCUUGAUUGGCUUGAAUACGUGGACGAUCUCUUCAAGGCUCGCAAGGAGGAGCAAGAACCCGUUUUUGAGGGGGUAACACCACUGAAGCAUAUGACGCUUGCUACAGAUACGAUGUCCCAUCUUAUUCCUCUUUUACCAGACGCAUCCUUGUGGACUACCUUUGAGAUGUGCCCCAACCGUGAACGGUCUUCAGGAACCGAAGAUGCUGACGAAAUUGUUGGAUCCCGAACACUACGCGGGCGACUUGUGUAUAAGUUAAAAAUUGAUGAUAAGACAGAGGCCCGAUUAAAGAGGGAGGCGCAAUUGCGUCACGAAAAAGAAAAUAAAGAUGUGGGUAGCAAGACACUCAAGGGCCCACAUACCGCUCUCCAGGCAUUGGUUGAAAGACUAGAAGCCAAAAACUGGAAUGCAACUCAACUAAGAAUGUGUAGGGUGCUUAAUGCCGAGUGGCUUAUGAGCACACUCACUCACGGGGAACUGGACCUUCGCAAACGGCGUUCGUAA